AUGGCGGAAACAUUCACACGUGCGGAGGUUGCUAAGCACAACACCGAGGAUUCCCUCUGGUGCAUCAUCGACCACCGGGUCUACGAUCUCACUGAUUUUGUCGAUGCUCACCCCGGUGGUGGCGUCGUCCUUGCCCAGGUAGGAGGCAAGGAUGCUACAAGCGAUUUCUAUAACCUGCAUCGCCAGGAGGUGCUGGAGAAAUACCGUGACCAGCUUUGCGUGGGUACCAUCGAAGGCGAAAAGCCCGAGGUCAUUUCUCCCACACCUGGAGCCAUCAGCCCCGUGCCCUACGCAGAGCCCCUUUGGCUGCGAUCCCAAUUCAAGUCCCCUUACUAUAAGGAGAGCCACCGACGCCUGCAGAAAGCCAUGCGGGAAUUCACAGACAAACACGUGACGCCCGAAGCGCAAGAAAAGGAGAAGGAUGGUACCUAUAUCAGCCAAGAGUUGAUCAACCGCAUGGCCGAGACGAAUGUUUUGGCUAUGCGUCUAGGCCCCGGAAAGCAUCUGCACAACCGUACCUUGCUUGGCGGCGCUGUGGAUGGAAAGGAGUUCGAUUACCUGCAUGACAUGAUUGUCACGCAGGAAUUGGUCCGUGCCAACGCUCGUGGCUUCCAGGAUGGUAACAUGGCCGGUAUGGCUAUUAGCUUGACGGCUGUCCAACAAUGGCUGCGCGAUCCUGUCCUCAAGGAGCGCAUUAAUGCCGAAGUUCUGUCUGGCCAGAAGAAGAUGUGUCUGGCUAUCACUGAGGCCUUUGCUGGUAGUGAUGUUGCUGGUCUGAAGACUACUGCGGAGAAGACUCCUGAUGGAAAACACUAUAUUAUCAACGGAACCAAGAAAUGGAUUACCAAUGGCAUGUUCGCCGAUUACUUCGUCACUGGCUGCCGUACCGAGAAGGGCUUCUCGGUGAUCUUGAUUCCUCGUGGCGAGGGUGUUGAGACCAAGCAAAUUAAGACUUCGUAUUCGACCGCCGCUGCCACCGCUUUCGUUCAGUUCGAGAAUGUUAAGGUUCCCGUCCAGAACCUGCUUGGCGAGGAGCACAAGGGUUUCAUUGUUAUCAUGAGCAAUUUCAACCACGAGCGCUUCAUGAUGGUCGCUGCUGUGGUACGCAUGUCGAUGAUGGUUGUGGAAGAGACCAUGAAGUGGUGCAAUCAGCGUAUUGUCUUCGGCAAGAAGUUGAUUGAACAACCAGUCAUUCGCCAGAAGCUUGCCCGCAUGAUCUCCCUUACCGAGUCUAACCAGGCAUGGCUCGAGUCCAUCGCCUAUCAGAUGUGCAACAUGACAUAUGCCCAGCAAGCAAAGCAUCUGGGUGGACCUAUCGGACUACUCAAGUCAUACUGUACUCAGUCUGCUGGUGAAAUUGCCAGCGCCGCCACUAAUAUCUUUGGCGGUCGUGGUAUUACUCAGUCGGGAAUGGGCAAGGUCAUUGAGAUGUUCCAUCGCACUUACAAGUUUGAUGCUAUCUUGGGUGGAACUGAGGAGAUUCUGGCAGAUUUGGGAGUGCGACAGGCAAUGAAGGAUUUCCCGAAGUCGAUGUUAUAG